GACUGGGGCAAGCGGUGGCUUGUGGGCUGGUGAGGGGCUGGCUGGUGAUGGGGCUGAGAGGCUGCCGACACCUGCCCCAGUGGGGCCCGGGGCAGGCUCCUCUUCGGGGUUGGGGGCUGAGCCCCCCAUUGCACCCCUCACUCUGCUCUCUGCCCCCAGGAGUGGCUGAGCAGGUUCGGCUACCUGCCCCCGGCAGACCCCGCCACCGGGCGGCUGCAGACCCAGGAGGAGCUGUCCAGGGCCAUCGUGGCCAUGCAGCAGUUUGGGGGCCUGGAGGCCACCGGCGUCCUCGACGAGGCCACCCUGGCGCUGAUGAGAACGCCACGCUGCUCCCUCCCGGACCUCCCCACCGCGGCCCAGGCUCGGAGGAGGCGCCAGGCUCCGGCCCCCACCAAGUGGAACAAGAGGAACCUGUCGUGGAGGGUCCGGACGUUCCCGCGGGACCCGGCCCUGGGCCGCGACACGGUGCGGGCGCUCAUGUACUACGCGCUCAAGGUCUGGAGCGACAUCACGCCGCUGAACUUCCACGAGGUGGCGGGCAGCGCCGCCGACAUCCAGAUCGACUUCUCCCAGGCCGAGCACAACGACGGCUACCCCUUCGACGGCCCUGGCGGCACCGUGGCCCACGCCUUCUUCCCCGGCGACCACCGCGCCGCAGGGGACGUCCACUUUGACGACGACGAGGCUUGGACCUUCCGCUCCUCGGAUGCCCACGGGAUGGACCUGUUUGCGGUUGCCGUCCACGAGUUCGGCCACGCCCUGGGGCUAAGCCACGCGGCCGCGGCGCGCUCCAUCAUGCGACCGUACUACCAGGGCCCGGUGGGCGACCCGCUGCGCUACGGGCUCCCCUACGAGGACAGAGUGCGCAUCUGGCAGCUGUACGGCGUGCGGGAGGCUGUGUCCCCCACGGCGCAGCCGCACACCCCGGAGCCCGAGGAGCCGCCCCUGCUGCCGGAGCCCCCCGACAACCGGUCCAGCAUCCCGCCCCGGAAGGACGUGCCCCACAGGUGCAGCACUCACUUUGACGCGGUGGCCCAGAUCCGCGGGGAGGCUUUCUUCUUCAAAGGCAAGUACUUCUGGCGGCUGAACCGAGACCGGCACCUGGUGUCCCUGCAGCCGGCGCAGAUGCACCGCUUCUGGCGGGGCCUGCCCCUGCACCUGGACAGCGUGGACGCCGUGUACGAGCGCACCAGCGACCACAAGAUCGUCUUCUUCAAAGGAGACAGAUACUGGGUGUUUAAGGACAAUAACGUAGAGGAAGGAUACCCGCGGCCCGUCUCGGACUUCAGCCUCCCACCGGGCGGCGUGGAUGCCGCCUUCUCCUGGGCCCACAAUGACAGGACUUAUUUCUUUAAGGACCAGCUGUACUGGCGCUACGAUGACCACACGCGGCGCAUGGACCCCGGCUACCCAGCCCAGAGCCCCCUGUGGAGGGGCGUCCCCAGCACGCUGGACGACGCCAUGCGCUGGUCCGAUGGUGCCGCCUACUUCUUCCGCGGCCAGGAGUACUGGAAGGUGCUGGACGGUGAGCUGGAGGCGGCGCCCGGGUACCCGCAGUCCACGGCCCGGGACUGGCUGGUCUGUGGAGACCCGCGGGCCGACGGCUCGGAGGCGGCGGGUGUGGAUGGGGCUCGCGCCCUGCCGGGACAGCACGACCAGAGCCGCUCUGAGGACGGCUAUGAGGUCUGCUCCUGCACCUCCCUGGCCUCCCCUCCACCGGGGACCCCAGGACCGCUGGUGGCCGCCAUGCUGCUGCUGCUGCUGCUGAGCGUCCCGUGGACAGUGGCCCAGGCCCUGGCGCUUUGA